AUUAGAGCUCUUUAUAACUGGUGAGUUGACUCUACGUUUAAAUCAAACUAAUGGUGAAACAUUGAAUGCUCGGAUUUGUCUUUCUAGGUAUCGUUAGAGGGAAGCACUUUUAUGCUGUCAACUUUGCGCUUGUUUUUUCAUAUUUCUGUAAAGUUUACAUUGUAAACAACUGACAUUUUGAAAUAUCUAAUUUUGUUAAUUAAAAUAUAGUAAUUAUGUCUUCUCCUGGUCCUUCUGAAGAUCAAUCUUAUAAUAGUGUACAGCCUAAAGAAGACAAUGAAGUGAUUAAUCAACAGCUUUAUCAGUUGGUCCAAACAGCUAAUAUUGAUAUGGAUUACCGAGUAUUCUGUGUUGUUGUUGACCUGCUACGAGCUGGGAUAUGUCCAGAGGCUUUAUUUGUAUUCUUUUCAAACAUCUAUCCUCAUACUCGUGUUGGCAGAAAGCUUGCUACGGCGAAAAAAAAUCGAAGAAGCAAACCUUCACAAUGUGAAAAUCAAGUCGGUACAAACAAGGAAGGGGAACUAUUAUGACCACCGGGACUGUUUGUGUUUUUCAAUUCCUUUUCAAGUCACAAAAUUACCAAACUGUUUCUUGAAUAGACUAUUGUUGAAAGCAUUCCAUUUAUCUACUCUUUACGAGUCUGUAAAUAUUUUUCGUGUUUAACUUGAUUAAAGCCAUUAUGGGACUUUUUUAGGUACAUUAAAUCAGCUUGCCUCGCAAUAAACCAUCUUACAUGCAAUAUCUCACCAACUGUAGGAAAAUUUGGUUGACUAAAAUUAUUAAUGAAACUAAACGAAGAUAACCAAGGAAUUGUACGAUUUUUGAAAAAUCUAGUUAGGAUUAAAUGUUGGAUAAAUAGAUGACCACUUAUCCAUAAAGAAUUUCAGUUUUUCUAAUCUUUGUUUACCAAUUUACUUCUAAGCUUUCUGAUUUACAUUUGUAUUCUUUUCAAGUUUAAUUCACAGGCAAAUCUGUCUUCAAAUGUAGCUUUGCAUGUUUCCAUGGGAAAUUGACUAAUCAUAACAAAGAUUACUGAGCCGUACUGCAAUUCACUUUAUAAAAAAUAUUGAUUAAAAUUGGCUGAUUAUUGGGUGCAAUACUGCGUUAUGUUGAAAUCGAUUCACUAUUGAUAUAUCAAGCAUUUAAUUAUAUUGUUAGCAGAAAAACAAUGGUUGAAUACAAGACGCAUUUAGAGAACUAUGAAAGUACUUAUACAAUAUUUUUUGUAUUCAGAAGCAGAGAAUAGUAAUUCCUACGUCCAUGAAUGGCAAAUUUGGAAAUAUGUGAUUGUUUACUGUUCAGAAAAUGCCAACGCGAAGACGUUUAUCUCGGGUUUUCAAGUUUACAAUUUUUGGUUUUGGACUUCAUACGAUAUUCACAAUAAUUUGCUCAAUUGGUUUCCUCAUCCAAUUGAUAUUGGUUCUGAUAAAUUACUUUUCCUAUCCUGUUUUAACCAAUGUAUAUUUAACUGUUCCAGAAGUAACUGAAUUGCCUGACGUUCCAGUUUGUUUUGAUGGUGCUUAUAUGAUAAAUUGGACCAAAGCCCUGCUCGAACAUCCCCAAUUCAAAACAGUAUUCAAAAUUCCUCGAUCAGUGAA